UAUAUAAUUCUACAAUAUAUAAAGUAAAAUAAUUUUGUCCUUCUCACGAUAGGAACUUAGUUUGUGUUUAGAUUGCAGAGUAUCCAUUUUGGCUUUGUUUAUUUCAAACUCUUUCACAUAGCAUGUUAUGUUCCUAAUUUGGGUGUAUCGAGGAUGUCUAUUUAUCGGGUUUAGAAUGAGCAUUCUUAUGCUAAGUUUUUCCUAGUUAAUUAAUAAAAUAAUUUUGCUUAAAAGAAAAUUAAAUUAAAAAAAUAAAUUAAACUCAACAAUAUUAAAAGAAAAAAAACAAAUACAAAGUAUAUACUUUUCUUGUGCCAGUAUAUAGUUUUCUUGUGCCUGCCUGCUGGCUCGGGUAAACCAAUGUUAUCUGUUGUGCCAACUCGCCGAUCUGCACACUUCCUUUAUGGAAGGUUAACAAUAAAGGAUUAAGACCCUAUAUAUAUGUUUCCCUUAUACAACAAAGCCACACCACACUUGGAGAUUAAUUACAGUAAUUUAUUAAGGAGGCAUAGAAGAGCUAAAACUUGAUUAAUCUCAAAUGGCUUCUAAUCGGUUUGUUGCCUUUGCAAUUGCUGCAAUUAUUCUUCCCACAGUCGCCAUGGCAACUGAAUACAUAGUUGGUGAUGACAAAGGAUGGAAUGUUACUGUCAACUACACAGAAUGGGCUCAAAACAAAGUAUUCCAUGUUGGCGACACAUUAGUAUUCAAAUACGGGCCACCACAUAAUGUGUCUAAAGUAGACGAAGGUGGAUUCAAGGAAUGCAAACCAUCUGGAGAUCUUUACAACAGUGGAAACGAUACAUUUACACUGAGCAAACCUGGUAAAAAAUGGUAUAUUUGUGGUAUUACUGCUCACUGUGAGAAAGGGCAGAAGCUAAUGAUUAAUGUGGAAGAACCAAAAGUCCCAGCACCAGCUCCCAAAACAGUCCCAGCACCAGCUCCCAAUGAUUCCUACAGAUUUAUCUCAUCUUGGUAUCAGAUUUUCAUGGCAGCUGUUGUUGUAAUGGCAAUGGCAGCAAUUUAAUCUAAGAAUCAUCAGAAAAUUUAGGGUUUGAUACCCAGAAAUAAGGCUUUGGUAUUGGUUACUAGUCUUUCUUUAUGGGUGUUUAUUGGUUACGAGUCUUAAUUAUUCAUUGUCAUGCAGCACAUGCGUUUAAUAAGCUGUAAUUCUCAGCAUUGAGAUUUUCUUUUCUGUGUGAGAUAAGUUUGUAAUAACAUGUCAAUGGAUUCUCUUUUUUAAUUUAA